CUGCGACUGCGGUUAUGUCAUUCAGUGCGUGUGGUGUACCUGACCGGAACAAAUCCGAUGUAAAAAGGUGAAAAAUCGCGAAAUUCGAUUCAAGAAGCAUCAAAACUUCACUUAAAUAAGCAUCAUACAAUGUCUUCGGGUUCCGAACAGAAAGAGCACGGUUUUAAAAUCGACGACUCCGACCGGAAGCUGAAAAAAACCGAGAUCGAUUUCAUGCGUUUGAUCGAGAAGCAGAAUCUGCAACGGGUCCAGAAGUUGCAGCGCCAGAAAAGGAAUAACAAGAUCACCGCCCUUACCAUAGGUGGAACUGUUCUCGGAAUUUACCUGUACUCUAUGUACUCGGUGAAGCAGGAGAGAUUCCUGGACGAUUUCGAAGAACCGCUGAAAGUGGAAGUCACCGAGAAACAAUAGAUUCAAUAUCGUAUACAUAAGUGAACAACUAUUAGGCUAAGUCAUGUCUUCAUCUACCGCUGUUAACACCCUGUUGAAAUCCGGUGCCCGUCUACCACCACUUCCGACCAUUCGGGAUUUGGUUCGAAUCUACAAACUGAGAGCCAUCAAACAGCUUUCCCAGAACUUUCUGAUGGAUGAGAGGUUGACCAACAAAAUCGUUCGGGCAGCGGGCAACAUUAAGGAUAAUUACGUCCUGGAAGUUGGUCCGGGCCCG